AUGCCUCAGGUUCACGCGGCUAGCGUUCAAUCGGUGCGUCUUUCCCGUUCUCGUAUGUGGAGUCGUUUCUUCACGCGCGCGCGUCUGACGAUAUUUCCCCACACUCCGAGGGUGAUGUGGACGGUUUUGCUGACGCCGCGGCGCGGUUUUUCCAUACCCCCCACGGAGGCGCUCACCAGCCGCUGGAGCCCCCUCACCUCGAGCGCCUACACAACCCACAUCGACGGCCCUCCCACUUCCGCUGAGGAGGCGAAGGCGCACAAAAAAGCCUUUUCAUUUCCCCUGAAGGCUACAGAGCAGGGGAUUUUCGAGCGUGGAGUUUCGUCCGAGGCAAAGGACUUCGCCGCGGCGGCGGAGCGGGAAUAUCGGGCGAGCGUCGAAUACCUUGAUCAGGCCCCGGGCGGCUGCGCCGGGCUGCCGGAGGUGGAAACGCGAAUCAACGCAAAAACAAAGGCGGUGGAGACGAUCACGCGGAUCGCCGCCCCCUUCGCGGAGACCUACGUCCCCUCCGGCAAAGAACGCUUUGCGAUGCGCGGGAAUGUCGGCGAGCUUUCCUACCAACGUUCCCACCCACGACGGGAGCUGCCGGACGAGCGCGCGAUGUUGAACCUGCGGAAGGAAAGGCAACUUGAGGAGCUGCUUCUUUCCUCUCAAAUGGCGAUAUUACCGAAGGCGCGUGAGGUUUCUCUUUUUUUGAUCUCCGACUUUUACAAGAAUCUACUGGUGCUCCAACCGCGCAAUGCGGAGGCGGUUAUUGUGUUGUUCUCCCAAGCAAGUCUGCAGCUUCGACUGAGAGGGCUGGAAACGGAAGAGGACGGUGCAAAAGCGUCUGUGCAUUUACCGAGCAGGGGCUCUUCGUUGCCUUCGCCGUCUCUUACGGCAAGGAGUGGGGAAGGAGAUCCCAAUUGCAUUCCAUAUUUGUCCGAUAUGCGUCGUUUAUAUGCGCAUCAAAAGGCCUGUUUUGCGGCACCGACCCCGCUCAUGGCGGAACAGCUGAUGAGCGCGCUCAGCGCCGUUCCCGCCGCUAGCUCUUUGGUUUUCCACCUCGCGGGACGGAUUUUCAUCGAUUGCGAUAAAUACGUUGUCCUCCCCACACGAACGACCUACGCGGCGUUUUUUAGCAUUUGCCGAUUAAAUCACGCGAUGCCCUUCGCCAUCGCACGGAUGACGGAUGGGGUUUGCCGACUUCGGAUUUCCCUCGACGCCGCGAUGGCGACGGCGAUGCUGCGUGGGCUGAACGAGGGCGGCUAUGCUGAGGAGGCAGUCGCGCUGCUAGCGCGAAUCGAGAAGGUCCCCCUCACCACACCGCUUUUGAACGCCUCGCUCGAGACGCUUUUGCUUUCUUCGCAGGCGGCGAGUUGUUUUUCCGCCUUGGAGGCGGCCAGGGAGGCGAGGCUUCAGGUGGAUGGGGAUACCUACACUCUUCUCCUCCUCGCCUGUGAGAAGUCCGGGGAGUGGGCGCGGACGACGGCGAUUUUGGCGGAUAUGCAGCGGCACCACGUGAAGGGCACCCCGCAGACCUUAAAUUUACUCUUGAAGGGGCUUUUAAUGGAAAAACUCCACAGCUACGCCCUUCAGCUCCACCACACGAUGCAAGGGAAACGCGUUGAGGUAUGGCCGGCGCUGGAGGAGGCCGUGAAGGGGCUGCGCAGGACUCUCGGAAAUGUAAAGGACUCUCGGCGACAUGGUAAAUUUGUGGGGCGCAAUGAAAAGUCUCCUGCCAAGGUGAACUAUUCGCAGCGCCAUAAUGAAGGUUGA